AUGCCACUGUACAUUUUCUUUGAAAAAAUACGUAUAUUGUAAAAUAAUCUAACGACUUUUCGACUCCUUUUGCCUAACCGUACAUCGACAGCAGACGGACUUGCAUGCUUUACACUGGCCGCCUUUAGAGGGCUUUUUAAUAUGUCUUCUGCUUCGUACAGCCUCACAGAAACUCAACGCCGAAUCGAUGAAGUUCAGCGGUUUCUGUCCAUAACCCUGAGCAUCGCCAACGCUCACACUGUGGAGUUUUACACUCACGACGCGUGGAACCGCUUCAUGGCCGUGCCACCUCAGGAGGUCCUGUCAACCGUCGCUUCACGCAAUGACCAGCAGAGGGAGCCAGAGCACAAAGAAAACGAAUCGGAGCAAACCAGGACUACAUUUGGGUUUUGCAAUGAUACAAACCGGCUGGUCGACACCCGAGAACUGUUGCGGGCGGCCAAGGCCCACUCGCUGCUCGGCCUUGGAGUCUGCAUGAGCCGGGAUGAGCUACUGCAGGGCCUCCGAGGGGACGGGCGCGAGCCGGCUGCUCCAGUGGCAGCUACAGAUGCUGAGCUGGUGACGGACGAGUUUAUGAACUCGAAGAAAUCUCACGAGGUCAAAUCCAUGUCGGAGGUGGUGGCCUCUCUGGCCCGGCGCUGUGGAGUCAAACAGGUGAUCGAUGUCGGCUCAGGGAAAGGCUACCUGAGCUCCUUUCUGUCCCUGCAGUACUGCCUCCGGGUCUACGGCAUCGACUCCUCCAGCACCAACACGCACGGGGCCCAGGAGAGGAACCGCAAGCUGGAAAGGUUCUCCAGGGCGUACCAGAGAUGCAACAAGGCAGCGAGGGCACAGGGAGAGGCCGCACCUUCACAUCAGAACGUGCAAGUAGACGUGAAGCCUGGACGAGAUGGAGACGGCGAUGUAGCGCACGGCGAUGGGGAACCGGGAAACGCGUCACGGGAGGAGCAGCGGGAGGCGCCAGUCGUCCCAUCAAACGUCGAGCCGGCGGCGGGAAGGCCUCCAGAGUCGACCGCGGAGUCGGAGGAGCUCUUCCUCGGCGCCCUGUCGGCGGAUGUGAUGCGGCCGUCGCCCGCCAGAGCGCCGCCCGGCCGCCUGAGCGACGAGGAGAGGCAGAGGAGGAAGAGGGAGAACCUGGAGAGGAAAGCUCAGAACCGAACGGCCGGCGCCGGCGUCGCGUUUUCACCCCUCACUUCGUACGUCACCGCCGAAACGGAGCUGCGAGAGCUCAUCGACGAGCUGGAGGAUGCGGUCGUGGUCGGCCUGCACACGUGCGGCGACUUGGCUCCCAGCACCCUGAGGAUGUUUGUGGCCAAACCGGAGCUGGCCGCGGUCUGCAGCGUGGGCUGCUGCUAUCACCUGCUGACUGAGGAGUUCGACCCGGCCCGACAGGAAGGCGCCAGCGGACCGUGUGGUUUCCCCCUGAGUCGGUACCUCCGCGACCGGUCCUGGUUCUGCGGCCGGAACGCCAGGAUGUCGGCCUGCUUGGCGCUUGAGAGAGUUUCACACGGCCAAGGGAUUCAGAUGGAGUCUCUGUUCUACCGAGCCGUCCUGCACGUCAUUCUGAGGGAUCGCUACGACUGCUUCAGAAGUGAGAAGCGAGUCGGGAACGUCUACUCCAAGUCCAAGUCGUUUGUGGACUACGUUCGUCGAGCUCUACGCAGGCUGGAGCUGGACGAGUCAAAGCUUUCCGACGGCGACAUCCAGGAUUACCACGACGCUUACAGGCCCCGAAUGGGCGAGAUGCACGCUUUUAAUAUGCUGAAGGUGACCCUGGCUCCCUGCAUCGAAGGUCUGAUUCUCCUUGAUCGCCUCUGCUACCUGCAGGAACAGGCGGAUUUAUCAUUCACGGCACUGGUGCAACUCUUCGAUCCGCUGCUGUCUCCCAGAUGUUACGCCGUCGUCGGACUGAAGACAAUUUCACCUUAAUUAAAAUUCAUGUGCACAUGAUUACAAAUGCGCUGAUUGUAUCAGCAACCCUACGUGACUGAUUGUGCUUUGUGUGUUUUGAUUACAUGUAUGAUUUAAUCUAUCAUUUAUUCCCUGUAUCACUUUUAGGAACAUCUUUUAAAAAAUAUUUUGUAUUCUUUGCGUUUUUUUACAUUACAAUAAAUCUCCAGGAUGUUCAGCCUUUA